AUGGUGCCAACUUCAGCAGAUUUAUACUUUGCAAUCACUAAUGGUUGCGAUAAUGAUUUUGAAGAAAUGCUGCGGAAAAAAAUGCCUUUAGACACAGUAUUUUUCCAAGGCAUCACUCUUGUAAGCUAUGCCUUGUAUAAAAGACAAAACUAUAUUUUAUCAUGCUUAGUAAAAGCAAAUGCAAAUGUUAAUAUUAGAACGCGUGAUGACAAAAUGGAACCACCCCUUUUUACUGCAUGUCGUAUGAAUAAUCUUGCUGGUUUGCAAAUUUUGCUGACAUCGCCUAAUUUAGAUAUUAACCAAAGAGAUUUUUUCAAUAGAACUGCUUUAUGGGCUUCAGUGAAAUACCAUACAUAUUGUGCUACACAAUUAUUGUUAGAGCAUGGAGCUGCUGUAAACAUUGCUCAAUGUGAUGCAGAGUGCCCUUUACUAUUGGCCCUCUCAUGUGCUUUUCAGGCUCGACGGCAGAAAUUUUCUCAUUUGUUGAUACGUCAUGGGGGUAUUCUUGUCUCUGAUACAUCAAGAGAUUUUGCACUACGGUGUAUGUUCACAACUGGUGAUCGUGAAACAUUUCGCUUAUUAAUAUUAUCAGGAUUUACAGUAACUGAUAGGAAACAAUUGGAUUAUCACUCAUUACCAAUUUCCUGGCAAGCUGAUGUUGAGCUUUGUCAAUGGAUCAAAUCUAUACAAGAAGCCCCAUUACCAUUGACACAUUUAGCAAAAAAUGUCAUAAGGCUUACAAUUGCGACAUCUCGAAAAAAUAUACAGCUUCGUGAUGUGAACCAGUUACAAAUACCACAUGUUUUAAAAAAGAUUAUUAUGUUGGAAGAUCUAUUGUAG